GGGCGGCGAGGAGCCGCCUUCUCCUGCAGCGUGGGGCUGGGCCGGGGAGCCGGGAGCCCCGGGGCACUGCCCUGCCCUGCACCCCGGGAGCGAGGGGGAAGGAUCCGCGCCGGGAGUUUCCCCCUCGCACGGAGGGGAGGGAUGGAGCGGCGGAGGAAUAGGUGCUCGGGGCGGAAUCGCUGAAGUCUUUUAUCCGGCGAUUUCUGCCCUCGCCUCGCCCUGUCAUUGAUGGGAAAUCAACUGGAUCGCAUCACCCACCUGAAUUACAGCGAGCUGCCGACCGGGGAUCCCUCGGGGAUCGAGAAAGACGAGCUGCGCGUCGGGGUGGCUUACUUCUUUUCGGAUGAGGAGGAGGACCUGGACGAGCGAGGCCAGCCAGACAAGUACAGCGUGAAGGGCUCCGGCAGCCCUGACCAGGAGACGCCCACCCACCACCUCCACCACCAGCUCGUGCUGAACGAGACCCAAUUCUCCGCUUUCCGCGGCCAGGAAUGCAUCUUCUCCAAGGUCAGCAGCGGCCCCCAGGCUGGGGACCUGAGCGUCUACUCAGUGUCAGCACUUCCUGCCCUCUGCAAGCCUGGGGACCUGCUGGAGCUGCUCUACCUGGGGCCGUCGGAGCAGCCGCCGCCGCACUGGGCAGUGUACGUGGGCAGCGGGCAGAUCAUCCACCUGCACCAGGGGCAGAUCCGCCAGGACAGCUUGUACGAGGCGCCCGCGGGCAACGUGGGCCGGGUGGUGAAUAGCUGGUACCGCUUCCGCCCGCUGGUGGCUGAGCUGGUGGUGCAAAACGCCUGCGGGCACCUGGGCUUAAAAAGCGACGAGAUCUGCUGGACUAACUCCGAGAGCUUCGCCGCCUGGUGCCGCUUCGGGAAACGGGAGUUCAAAGCCGGGGGGGAGCUGCAGGCUGCUGCCGGCACCCAGCAGCAGUACUAUCUCAAGAUCCACUUGGCGGAGAACAAGGUGCACACAGUGAGGUUCCACAGCCUGGAGGAUCUAAUACGCGAGAAGCGCAGAAUCGAUGCCAGUGGCAAACUGAGAGUGAUCAAAGACCUCGCUAUAGUGGAUGGGAAAGAAUAGUGCUCAGCGGGGGUACGUGGCUAUCUUCCUUCUGCCCUGCUGGGGAGCUCAGCCUGCCACAGGGGCAGCCGGCUGCACCCUCUUUCCAUGGGAUGCGACUGAAAGCAGGAUCCAUGGCAACAUUCCAAACAAACAGCGUUCUUUACACCCAUAGCCAGUAUUUUGUUUGGCUUUUAAUAGUGUUAAUGCUGAAAGAGCGCGUGAGAGAGAGGAAGAAAAGAGGGGGGAGGUGCAUGAAGGCUGUUCUCUCAGUGUGUGGACAAAGUCUCUCCUGUUGAUCGAUGUUGACCAUUCUAGCAACAUGCUAAUAAAAUUUCAAAUUGAAAUUUCUUUAAUUUUUAUUUCAUGGCUUUAAUCCAUGACAAAUUUUAAACAUCAGGGGCCAUGGAUGUGGAUUUAGCUAAAUGAGUUUUUAGCUAAUGUUUGCCUUGCAGCCAACCAAAAGCAUCCAUCGUACUUUGCUAGUUGGAAGGGGUUGCAGGUGGGGGAGUUGUAAAUGCUUGUUUGCUUUGUUUCUCAACACUGUUGCUUCAGUCCAUAGCUGCAACCCAAAUUUUAUCCCAGCCAACUCUAGCAAGACAUCAACAGGGGAAAACGCUUUCACGUUUCUGGUUGAAGCUGAUCACGUUUAAAAUAACGUCUUUGCUUUCUGUCUGCAGCUCUCUGCUAAAUGUUGUUAUAAUUUAUAAGCUGCUUCCACCACCCCUCUUCUUAAUAUUUUUCUGUCAAAAAGUUGGUGAGCAGCUGUUUCCUUGAAACUAAAUUCACUGGUUGAAGGUGUAUUUUGGCGAACAGUGUACUCAGUGUUGGUCCUUGGAGAUCCAGCCUCUAGGAUCUUAUGCUUGGGCUGUGGGUUUGUGUCUCUGUAGUGACUCUCAUUGCAACACUGCUUCACUACCUCUUCAUGCAUAAAUCAACAGAAUCCUGAGGGGGGGG